AUGGACCCCGUGGAGCAGAAUGCUGUGAGCAACCCCGGAUCUCCAUCUACGGUGAUCCCACCAACCGCGGCCGCCAAAAGAUCAAAUCGCUCCUCAGCCCGGGCUGCACCUGCCAAGAUGACGGCUCCAGCAAGAACAACUGUUGCUCCUGUCAAGAAACAGGCUCUUACCAAAACCAGCCCAACAACCUCGAAGAAGAGCCCGAAAAGGAAGAUAGAAGAGGCUCCCCGGCCUGAGGACUACGACCCGUACUUUCACGGGCCUGGGGGUGCUCCCAAACCUCCACCUCCCGCGCCUGCUGAGGGUUCCCCGAGCAAACGUGCCCGGCGGGCCGAUGUCGUGGUGGCCAAAUAUCAGGGCACAGAACGUCGUGCCCGUCCAUGGCGAGAUUCUCCGCCAGACUCGUAUCUUGAGCGAGUGGGCCGUAUUAAUCGCUCUCGCAUGUUCAUUGUGGGCCAACAAGUUCGGGAGAACAAUGACAAGGUCCCCGAAUUCUACUUUGAUGUUGUCGGGUCCACCGGCAACAUCUACAAAGUCAAGAUUGGGAAGCUGCCCUCCUGCGACUGCCCAGAUGGCAAGAUGCGCUGCCGCGGAGAGUGUAAACAUAUCAUCUACGUUCUCCUCAAGGCUCUCAACGCCCGCCCUGAGCUCCAGUAUCAGAUCUCCUUCGUGCCGUCGGAGCUGCGCGAGAUGUAUGAAGGCUCCCUCAUGAGUAUGUUCGAGGACAACGGCGCCGCGGAUCACGACCACGAUGGCAAGCGCAAGCCUCUGGACGGUGCUUGUCCCAUCUGCUUCAUGGAUUUCGCGCCCAAGGACAAAACGGUUUGGUGCCAGACUGGGUGUGGAAACAAUGUUCACGAGGUCUGCUUCAAACAGUGGGCUCGCACGUCACUCACCAGCCAAGGAUCCAUCCGCUGUGUUUACUGCCGCACAAGUUGGCCAUCCCCUGGAUCCAACAAUCCGAACGUGGAGGAUCUUCGAAAGAACGGCACCAUCGGACGGGAAGGCUACAUCAACGUCGCAGAGCAGUUUGGCCUGUCGCCAAAACCUGGCUCUUCGAAGUCCUCCUCUUCCUUAACUGCCCCAUGA